AGGAAGUUUAGGCGGAAGUUGUUGCUGCAGUCGCUGUCUUAGAAGAAGAAGAAGAAGAAGAAGAAGAAGAAGAGGAGGAGAAGGAAGAAGAGAAGGUCCAUACUGAUCAGCGGAUAUUUGGCUCGUCGUCGGCCGACAUCAGCAGCUACGACGCCGCCCUCUGGUCCUCGGGGCGAUGGCGAGGUCGAGUCACAGCGAGCAUGUCCUCCAGCAGCUCAACAACCAGCGCGAGUGGGGCUUCCUGUGCGACUGCCUCAUUGCCAUCGGCGACAUCUACUUCCGGGCACACAAGGCGGUGCUGGCGGCCUGCAGCUCCUACUUCAGGAUGAUGUUUAUCCGAGACCAGCAGGGGGCGGGGCGACUGGACCUCAGCAACAUGCAGAUCAGCGCCGAGUGCUUCGACCUCAUCCUGCAGCUCAUGUACCUGGGCCGCAUUGUGGCGGGCAGUUACGACUUUGAUGACCUUAAAGCAUCCAUGGCGUACCUGCAGAUGUACUACAUCCCGGACUCUCUGGACGACCUCAGGGACAUCCAUGCCCCCAAUCCCACCCCGUCUUCCUCGGCAUCCUCAUCCAGUUCGUCAGCGGGGGCGUCCAGCGGGAAGAUGAUGUUUGGUGUCCGCAUGUAUGAGCGGCAGAGGCCUGCGCCCGCUCAGGAGCCGGACCGCCUCAUUAGAAGCGUCAGCAGGUAUGAGGGGGGGCCGACAGAGGACGGGCCCAGCGUCCCAGUCUUGGCUGUGGAUGCAGGAGUGGAGCAACCGUGUGACCUGAGGAAAAGGGCGGCGGGAAGGAGCGCUGCCGUCAAGGAACGCCCUCGCUUCGGCCGCACCUUCACUUGCGAUGACUGCGGCUUCGUCUUCAGCUGUGAGAAGCUUUUGAUUGAGCACAUCCUGACCUGCACCAACCGCAAGACCUACCAGCCGGGCCGCAGCACGGACACAGACGCAGCCGCCGCCAAGGCCGAGAGCUCCACCUCGGACAGCACGGACGAACACAGAGCGCUGUCUGACCUCUGCCCGCUAGCAGCGGGGUCAAAUGGCGAGGCGGGUUCCACCUGCUGUGUUUCUGUCAAGAUGGAACCACCUGACAGCCCGAUCACAGAUGCACCAUGGGUAGAGGCUGGCGCUCUGGCGCCCGCAGACGAAGGAAAAGAGGCGCCGGGGAAACGGCGAGAUGCACAUGGCGAUGAGGCACCCGGCGUCUCUGGCGUGGACAAGCGUGUGUGCGACGCUUCCGGAACAGCGGACCAGUGUUUGGAGGUGAAAGACGAGAAUGGCGACGGCGCCCCGUGCGAGCUGUGCGGGGCGUUAUUGAGCGAGGACGACAAGUCGGCUCACUACCUGUCCAGUCACAUGGGCCACAUCUGCGCCUGCGGGAGGUGUGGCCAAGUGCUGAUCAAAGGCCGCCAGCUGCAGGAACACGCCGAACGCUGUGCGGAGUCCCUCGGCGGCGAGUCGGACUCGCACGGCGAGGAUGAGCCUCACGCGGCGGAAGAAGGGGCGGAGCUGGCCUGCCCUCACUGCGGCCUGCCCUUCCACAGCGAGAGCCUGGCUCUGGAACACGCGUUGUCCUGCCACGACCCCGACCUUUUCCGCUCGUCCGGCGGGCCCGACCACCGCCGAAAGCACUUCUGCGGCAUCUGCGGCAAAGGCUUUUACCAGCGCUGCCACCUGCGUGAGCAUUACACCGUGCACACCAAAGAGAAGCAGUUUACAUGCCAGACCUGCGGCAAGCGCUUCCUGCGUGAGCGCCAGCUGCGGCUGCACACGGACAUGCACCGCGGCGUGGCGCGCUACGUGUGUCCCGUGUGCGACCAGGGCACCUUCCUCAAGCACGACCACGUCAGGCACAUGAUCUCGCAUCUGGCGGCCGGUGAGACCAUCUGCCAGGUGUGCUUCCAGAUUUUUCCUGGCGGCGAGCAGCUGGAGGAGCACAUGGACGUGCACCUGUACGUGUGCGGCGUCUGCGGCCAGAAGUUCCGUCUGCGCAAGGACAUGCGCAGUCACUACAACCUCAAACACGCCAGGAGACUGUAGGAUGUCUUCGCUUCCUUUGAACUAUGCGGUCACUAUGCUACCGUGGGCGGGGCCAAGCCCACGCAGCAUCCUGGUGGACUUGAAAGAGUUAGCAUGUUGGCAUGCUAGGCUACUUGCAGGGAUGUUUGGUGAUGAUGAAGAGUUUUGUCAGACUUUUAAUAAACUUUACUUUUGUCA